AUGCGCGUGCAGGCGCUCGUGCUGGGCGCCUGGCCCACUGCCUGCCGCGUGCGCCGCGUGGGUACGAGAGCCUCUGACUGGGCCUCUGUCCGCGUGCAGCAGCAGCGUGGGGACCGUGACCAAUCGGCGAUGGCUCAUGCGUACGACGUCGCAACAGCCAGCGCAAUCAUCAGUGUGUCAGUGACUCCGCGUAGCGCUGUGCACUCGUUCGUGACUCUGCAACUAGGGACUGUGACUCGAACGUGGAUGUGCGUUUCCCACGUGUUCAGGUGCUCUGUAACAAUGGACGUGAGUAGGAACGGUAGCGCCGGUGCGUGGCACGUGAACGUAGGCGACAGCGCCGAUGUGUUGGGACGUUCGCUACCGUCGGCGCGUGGAACGUCGCACGGGAACGUGUUCUGGUACGGAGGAAGGAAUUCGAACGUGGAUGGCGACGUCGAUGUGUUUGGAAACGCCUCUGUGUGGAAGAGUGACUUGAUGUGGAACAGCGACGCGUUCAUAUCACCGUACGUUCGGUCUCUGCUGGGCGUGCUUGACCAAUCUCCCAGCUCGCGAGUGGGCGUAUGGCACCCGUUCCCGCAGGCGGCGUUCGGCGCCGCGCCCUACGGCGCCUCCGCCCACGACGCCAACGGCGUGGUGGGCGGGGAGCUGGAGGCGCUCACCGAGCGGAUGCAGGAGAUGAAUCUGGGCUUGGGCUUCCGGAAGACGCCAAAGCGCCCGCCACCAAACUACAUGUGCCACCUGUGCUGGCACAACGACCACUACAUCAAGGACUGUCCAAAGGCACGACCAAAAGGAGAAGGUUUAACUCCCUAUCAAGGAAAGAAGCGGUGCUUUGGUGAAUACAAAUGCCCAAAGUGCAAAAGGAAGUGGAUGUCUGGGAACAGCUGGGCCAACAUGGGUCAAGAAUGCAUUAAGUGCCAUAUCAAUGUAUAUCCGCACAAACAAAGACCACUUGAAAAACCUGAUGGGUUGGAUGUCUCCGACCAAUCUAAGGUGCAUCCCCAGAACCUUUGUGAGAAAUGCAAAUCGCUGGGGUAUUACUGCAGAAGGCUACAGAAAGGGUGUGAUGACACCUUUUAGAAAGUAACUUCGGUUAUUUUUUCUUUUCCUAUUUCUUCUUUUUUUAAUGCUGUAUUUACCUGCACAUAUGGGCAAGACAAUUGAGUAUAAGACAAUUUUAAUUUUGAAGAGGCCUCCUGACUGUUUUAUUAACCAUUUUACUAUUUAUUACAAUUCAGUCAAUAAAAUCACAAACUUUCUUUAUGACUAAAAUUGUCUUAGUAAAAAGUUUAAAUAUUUUUACCCGAGUGGCCACUGUAUUUGUUUCAUGUAUAUCAUCAUCGUCAUCAUUUUUGUCACUACCAUCUCCAUCUUCACGUGUAUCAUUCUUUCUUUAUGAUACAUUCUCUCCCCCCCCCCCCCAAAAAAAAACAACAACAACAGGAAUCUCUUAAAAGUUAUACAGGAUUAUUAGGCUUUCUUUAUUUUUCAUCUGGUGCCUUCUAGGAAGAUUCCCAUCUAUGUCUACAGAUUUUCUUGUUGGUUCUCUGCUUCAUGGCCUCUAUUUUUAUAACAACUUGAAAUUUGUUUAAUGUUAGUGUGCUCAAGCCGUGAGCUGCAAACUUAUAUCCUUGUCUAUGUUCCACGAAAGAGGGGCAAAUUUUCCAACAAUGGGGUUGCUUUGAUAAGAAAUUGUUUUAUCUUUACACAUCUGUGGUAUGAUGUAAAAUUAUUGAAUGAAAUUAAUUUUUCAUUUUGAUUUUCUUCAAAAUGUUUUGCGGACUGGGGGGUGGGGAUCAAAAACCAUGAGUUCACAUGGCCUUGUUAAUCAGUUUUUUAUAAAACAAAAUCUUGCUGUGAUUUAUUCAUUUUCACAUUGCUUUUCACUUACAAGGUUAUUUG